GGAGAGGUUUGGCCGGAUCAAUCUGGCAACACGGAAUGGGUGUGAACAAAACAUUAGUGCAAAACAUAAAAGCUCGUAGUUUCCCGACUGUUUGAGUGAUGUGAUUCCUCUUCCAGUUCGAUAAAAUAACCAUGAACAGUUAGUAAAACUCAGUCGUUUUUAACUAUCUGUUUUUAGAGCUGUUAUUCGGUUUUAUGUGCGGCUCAGAGACGGGAGCAGAUUCCUUCACUGCAAUCUCAUGCUUAUUAAAGCAGAUAUGACGGAACUCUACAGCGAAACGAGGAACAUUGUUUUACUCUCUGUCUUUCUGACAGUUUUAAAUGACUGGAUGUGAGAGCUGAAAUCUCAGAUAGCUCUGGCAGUGUGUGAUCUGGACAUACAUGAAGGCUGUUCCCGAGUGCCAAGGCCCUGUUUAAAUAUUUACCUCAGAACCUCACAUUCAGCAUUGCUUCUUUUCACACAGAGGUGUUGACUUUCACUUUUUUCAAGCACAUGCAAAUCUGUGCUGUAGGCUAUUGGCCAUUACAAGUAUACUGUAGGGUUUGGUCAGAAACAAACCAAAAUGGCAAGUUAUUUAUGAAAAUCUUGCAUUGCAAUCCUGUGUGCAACUGUGCUGUGGUUCGAGCCGUGCACAAGGCAGGCGCAGUGCAUCCUUUUGAGAUAGCAAUUAAUUUUAAUAAGACACAAUAGCCUAUAAACCUCAGAAGAGUAUUGUGUUUUAAUAUGUGUUAAUGUAUAGGCCUUUACAUACACCAGUCAAUGCAUUAUUCUUUCCUUUUUGUGUUAGUGUUUAAAAAUAUUUAAUUUACAACUAAUUUAAUCAUUUAUAUCUUCAUUUAAUAUUUUUUUUAAAACUUACUGGGUGUCCAAUGAUGUACCCGGUGUAAUAAUUCAUAAUUUCAUUGUUUCUGUCUGUUUCAGAAAUAUAUAAUAACCAGUACCACAGAAUUAUGACACACAUCAAAGCGUGUGAUAUAGUCUUGUAUGCGUAGGACAUCAUUUUUGUUUAUUUAUUGUGACUUUAUAGGCUAUAAUUUCUUUUUUUAAUUAAACAGUUUUAUAAAACUUUGUUAAAACUGUCAUUUUAAAACUUUGAUCAAAACAUUGUUAAUUUUGAUUCCUGUGUAAAUGCAUUAAUGCCAAUUCAAAAUAGCAUUUUCGUGGUUUUAUGCCGCUUCAGAUUUGCAGAUUUUUCUGUUUGCAGGUGUGUCUGGUGAGGUGGGUGAAACUAAGAAGCUGUCCAUUUUGGAGGGAAAUUCCAUUACUUUACACUCUGACCUUACUGAAAUACACAAGGUUGAUCUGAUGAUGUGGAUGUAUGGAGCUCAGAAGUCUAUUAUCGCUAAACUCAGUGGAAAAAAUCUGAUGAUUUCAAUUUAUGAUGUUGAUGACGGACGAUUCGGAGACAGACUGCAGCUGGACAAUCAGACCGGAUCCCUGACCAUCAGUGACAUCAGGACCAAACACUCUGGAGAUUAUCAGCUAAGGAUCAUCAGCAACGAGACCUCAUACAAGACAUUCAGUGUGACCGUCCAUGAUGUGUUUUUUGCUGGGAUAACAAACCAGAAAGAGGGAGAAUCCAUCACUCUACAUCCUGGUGUUAAUGAAAUUCAGAAAUAUGAUGUGAUUCUGUGGAUGUUGAGUCCAGACACUUUAUUAGCAGAAAUCGAUAUUACAAUUCAGAGAAUCUCAUAUGGUGAAGAUUUGAGAUUCAGAGACAGACUACAGCUGGAUAAUCAAACUGGAUCUCUGACCAUCACAAACAGCAGAACCACAGAUUCUGGAGUUUAUCAACUACAGAUCAGCAACACUAAAGAGACCUUUUACAAGAGAUUUGAAGUGUUAGUUGCUGUUCCUGAACCAAGUCUGUCUUCAGGUGUUUUAGCUGCACUGGUUUGUAUCUCUGUGCUGCUGGUUGUGGCUGCUGCUGUAAUCGUUGGUGUGUGUUACUAUCGCCACAAGUACUCUCGACUGAAGGAUGAAAUGAAGACCAAAGAAGUGACAGCGGGAGAUUCUGUCACUCUACACACUGGUAUAACUGAACUACAGAGAUAUGAUAAAAUACUCUGGAGUUUCGGACCUAGAGGCUCUGACAUUGCUCAAAUUAACGUACAGACCAAAGAGACCUCAUUUGGAGAUGACGAGAGAUUCAGAGAGCGACUGCAGCUGAACAGCGAGACAGGAGAUCUCACCAUCAGAGAUGUCAAAAUCACACACUCUGGAGAUUAUCAUCUGAAGCUCUUCAUCAACAAAAUGAGCAAAUCCAAAAGAUUCAGGGUUAUUCUCUAUGUGGACUCACUGCGGUUCUCAGAGGGAGAAAGCUUCACUCUAAACACUGGUGUUCCUGAACUACAGACAGAUGAUAAGGUGCUCUGGAGGUUUGGAUCUGAAGAAGCCAUUAUAGCUAAAAGAGAUAGAAACACCAAUCAUAUCUCAUAUAAUGAUGCUGAUGAUGAGAGAUUCAGAGGAAGACUGAAUAUGGAUAAUAAGACUGGAUCUCUCAGUAUCUCAAACACCAAAAGCACAGACUCUGGAGUUUAUCACCUACAAAUCAGCAGCAGAAAUAACGUCUCAUAUAGGAAAUUUAGAGUUACAGUAUGGUUGGAUACACUGAAAGUGAACGCGGGAGACUCCGUCACUCUAAACACUGGUAUUACUGAACUAGAUGGAGACAGUAAGAUACUGUGGACACAUGGAGACAAUGACACUUGCAUUGCUGAAAUCAACAAAGCCACCAGUAAGAUCUCACUGUAUCGAGGUAAUGAUGUGAGAUUCAGAGACAGACUGCAGCUGGAUCACCGGACCGGAUCUCUGACCAUCUGGAACAUCAGCAUCGCACAUUCUGAUGUUUAUAAGCUGCAGAUCAGCAGCAGCAGAGGGAACACAUGCAAAAGAUUUGUGGUUAUUGUCAAAGAAAACAAAGAGCAAGUGAAGGAGGGAGGUUGUGCCGUACUAAACAAUGAUAUUAGUGAACUACAGGGAGAUGCUCUGGUACUGUGGAUGUUCGGCCCCGACGACAAUCUUAUCGCUAAAGCUGAUAUAGAGAAUAAGAGGACAUGUACAUAUGAUGGUUCUGGUGGGAGAUUCAGGGACAGAUUGGAGCUGGACCAUCAGACUGGAUCUCUGACCAUCACAAACUUCACAAACACUGACUCUGGACUGUAUAAACUCAAGAUCAUCAGCAGCAGAGAGACCAAAUAUAAGCGAUUCAGAGUUACUGUGCGUGGGAACAGUGUGACAGAGACAGACAGUGGAGAUGCUGGGGGAUCCCAUCAGAGAGAGAACCCAGAGGGGAUACCCUUGCUUCCAGUGAACAGCAGCAGUAGUGUUUGACAAAUUCAUCUUAUUCCCAUUAUUUUUAUUUAUUUAUUUUUAAUGAAGCACUAAGAUCCACCCCACAUACAAACACUAUCUGUUCUUUGCUGUUGAGCUGUGAAAUUACUAAAAGAUCAUUUUGAUUUGUAGUUAUUACACCAGUAUCCCCUGCCUAAUUUAUGUGAUGAAAUGAAAAGCAGGUUAAUUUGCAUGUUUAACUAGUGGCAGCUGGUGCCAAAUCAUUUUUUGAGGUGGUGUAACAAACUAAAAAAAUCACACCGUCAGAAGCAAGGGAUUGAAUGUAAUUGUUAAAUAGCCAUUUGACAGUUGAUAUAAUGGUGCUUAGCUAAAAUAAUGGACGAUUCGACUGUUAAAGCACGUAAUACGGUACCACUAAUGAGUGAAUUUGAGUUGAUUGUGGGUUUAUUUUUAGCACUAAAGUGCCAGGACUUUGAGAUGCCAAACAGUGGGAUGAUCUCUUGCAUUCUCGAGCUUCUGAAACAGAAAGAGAUUCAUUGACAAGUGUUGAGAAUGUAAGCAGUGAUCAUUGCACUCACCAUUAGGCUGGACUCAUUUUUAGCAGUGGCUUGUUAAAGGCGAUAAAAUAAUCGUAUUAGAUUUGAGGACGCUGAUUGGCUAAAUAUAAUGUCAUAUCAUGAACAGGUUCAUCAGCAAUAUACUGAACUGCUAGAUAGACCUGCCUCCUGUUGGCGAUCUGAUCAUAUCAUAUCUAAAAAUCAAUUUGUAUAAAUUAUUAUUAUUUUGUGUGUGUGUGUGUGUGGCUCAGGGAGGACGGCACCCGAGCGCCCUCUAUUGGCCAGCCAUCACUGUGUUUAACCUUGAGGUCAGAACAUGUUUCUGUCUUUAUAGGGAAACGGUGUGUUAGGUGCUUUAACACUAUCCUCUGGGACUUGGGUCUAGAUUUUCCAGUAUUUUCAUGACACUUUUAUUGCCAAAACGUAUCAAUCUACAAGAGUAAAUUCCAAACUGUGACACUAGAGAUCUAGUAAAUUACAAAGGUAGCAAGAGAGAGUGUUUGUGCUUAAAAACGGCACAAUAUAUUAUUGACACUGAUGUGUUUGAGUCUGUGAAUCCACAUGUGGUACUGAUUCAGUAACAGUCAGGCUUAAUCUGGUAAUGAAACAUGAUUUUUAUGAUGCCAACAUACUUGAACUAGAGCACAAUGAAAAGGAUUGUUGAUAGCAGCAAUAUGAAGGACUUCAGUGUAAUCGUAUACUAAAAUGUAUAGGAUGUUUUUUUUUUUUUUUUAAUUAUGCAUUUCAGUCAUUUUUUUUUACAACCCUCAGGGCUGAAUCUUCACUUAUUUCUGUCUAAAACGUAAGAAAUGUAACAAAUGUAUCUAUGUAUGUACUUUAAUAAAUACAUUGUAUUCUAA